AUGACAGUACAUCUCUUUGGAGGUAUGUGUAGCCCUUCAUGUGCCGCGUAUGUGCUACAACGAACAUACCAAGAUUACAGGGAAAGUCUCCAUGACGACAUCAAGAAAGGGAAUCGUAACUUCUAUGUCGAUGAUCUGCUUCUUUCAGGAGCAUCACCAGGUAAGGCGGCGAUAGUCACUCGCCAAGUGAGGCAGUUGAUGAAGAAAGGCGGGUUCAGACAUGCAAAAUGGAUAUGCAACCACAAAGGGGUCCUCGGAGCAGUCCCACAAACGGAAAGAGCCAUGGAAGUGAAAGAAGUACUUUUGAAGGAUGACAGGCUCCCAGCUGAGCAGGCAUUGGGAAUCAUGUGGGAUCUAGAGAAUGACGAACUUGCAGUCCGAAUCCAAAUCCCAACGAAGCCACAAACGAAGUGA